AUGGUGAAUAACAAUGAUUCUGAGUCCAAUACAGCUCUUCCUCAUGAUCUCAUUAUGGAUGAUAUACUCACUGGAGGUCCAAUUGAGUCUGUGGUCCGGUUCACUUGUGUAUGCAAAUUAUGGUCCAAAUACCUCUUAAACGACAAGAGAUUUGCUCUUCUUCAUCAAAAGAACUCUUCUUACUCAUCGUCACCAGGUAUCAUUGGUGCCAAGCUCGAUAAAAGUAGUUGUAAAUAUCAUUUAUCAUUAUAUGAUGUUGAUAAGAAUCAAAGAAAAAUCUGGAACAAAGAGGUAUUUGGUCACACCAACACGAGGCUGAAUGCUAUUCUCUCUGAUAUUCAAACACUUGAUGGACUUGCGGAAGAUAAUAUUCUUAAUGAAGAGGAGCGGAUUAUGCAACUUCAGAACAAAGUGGAGUUUGAGAAGAUUUCAAAGAUGGAGGAAACUGCAUGGAAAAUCAAAUCAAAUACUAAAUGGUUACAAGAAGGAGAUAGGAACACAUCAUUCUUCAUCAGUAACGCAUCUGCUAGAAGAAGAUACAACAGAAUCAGACAACUUUACAUUGGUGAUGAAUUGGUUUCUGACAGAGGAAGGCUUCAAGAUCCUAUAGUGGAGUACUAUAAAACACUAUUUACUGAAGAAGAAGUUAUAAGACCUGAUUUAGAGGGGAUUGAAUUUGAUUCUAUCACCUCUCUGGAAGCUUCUAUUUUAGAAGCUAAUUUUACUGAAGAAGAAGUUUUGCAUGCUAUCAGUGACUUAGCUAAUGAUAAAGCUGCGGGUCCGGAUGGUUUUCCUAUACUCUUCUUUCAGAAGUGUUGGCGUUUUAUCAAGGAAGAUAUUAUGAGUACGGUAAACGAAUUUUGCACUACAGGUACUAUCAACUCUAAACAUAACUCUACUUUCAUUACUCUUGUACCUAAAAAAGAUCAUAUUGAGACUAUAAAUGAUUGUAGACCUAUUUGUCUUCUUACAAGCGUCUACAAGAUCAUAGCAAAAGUUCUAGCUACAAGGCUUAAACUUGUUAUGGAUAAGCUCAUCUCUCCGGUGCAAUGUGCAUAUAUUGAAGGUAGGCAAAUAAUUGAUGAUACAUUAAUUGCUAAUGAGUUGGUGGACUCCAGACUUAAGUCUGGAAAACCUGGAAUUGUGUGCAAAAUUGAUCUUGAGAAGGCUUUUGACAGAAUAAACUGGAUAUAUGUCGAAUUUGUAUUACAACAAAUGAGUUUCAGCAAGAAAUGGUGUGAUUGGUUGAGAUUUUGCUACUCUACUUCUUCCUUUUCGGUUCUUAUUAAUGGGUCUUCAUUCGGCUACUUCACUAGUACUAGAGAUGUAAGACAAGAUGACACUAUUUUCUUUGUGGAUAAUAACAAGGAUGAGUUACUUAACUUAUUCUCUGCUUUACAUUUCUUUGAGUUCAUCGCUGGUCUAAAGGUAAAUACAUCUAAAACUAGACUCAUUGGUGUGGGGGAUGUACCUGACUUAGCUAUCUGGGAAGAGGAAUUUGGUUGUUCAACUGAUUGCUUACCUUUUAUGUAUCUUGGGAUGCCUCUUGGUACAAAGUCUGGCUCGAAAGUAAUUUGGGAUCCAAUUUUUGAGAAGUUUGAUGCUAGAUUAUUUGUUUGGAUAAGGAUCUCUUUAUCUAGAGGAGGUAAACUUGCUCUUUUAAAAUGUAUCUUGUCUUCUCUUCCCACUUAUUAUUUUUCGUUGUUUAAGGCUCCUGCUUCAGUUAUCAAGAUCCUAGAAAAGAAGAUGUGUAAUUUCUUGUGGGAAUGCAAGGAUGGUGCAAAGACAUCUCAUUUAGUUAAUUGGGACAUGGUCCGUGCAACUAAAGAGAGAGGUGGUCUUGGUGUUUGCAAUCUUAAGCUAAUGAAUCAAGCACUAUUGGCUAAAUGGUGUUGGAGGUAUGGUGUCGAAAAGAAUAAACUCUGGUACAAAAUUAUAGUACACAAAUAUGGGGAUGAUUUCUCCUUUUGGAAUACCGGUAAAAUAACUCAAUCUUAUGUUGUUUCUUGUUGGCGGAGCAUUGCUGAAAUGGAAGGAUUAAUCUACGAUAACUACACAUUGUAUUUACAUUCAGGUAGAGGAAUUUACUUUUGGAAUGAUGUAUGGUGUGGUCAACUUCCUCUAGCAACUGUUUAUCCAAAUUUGUAUAAGUUAUCAAGAGAUAGAAACGUCAAGUUAGCAGACAUGGUAUCUUCGAACGGUAAUUGGAAGUUUGAUUUCAAGAGAGUACUUCAUUCUUUAGAGGUUGAAGAUUACGCUGCACUUCUAACUGUUAUUGGCGACAACCCACCAGCUCGGGAUGGAUUGCCAGACACGAGAAGAUGGAGACUCAACACCACGGGGGUCUUUACAGUCAAAUCACUUUAUGCAAAACUGGUUAGUGAAUUCGGUGUCGACAACUUUCCGUAUCAUUUUAUUUGGAAGUCUGCAAUACCUCCUAAGAUCAAUAUCUUAAUGUGGAGUCUAAUUCAUGGUAAACUGAAUACCAUAGAUGUACUUCUACACAAAGGUUUGAACUUGUAUAAUUCUUGUGCUUUAUGUGGAAUUGGUGCUGAGUCGCAAGACCACUUAUUUCUCCAUUGUAAGAUUGCAUACAAGAUAUGGUUUAGCCUGAUCCCUAAAACAGGUUGGGUGUGGGUUCUGGCUGGUUCUAUGAAUAUCUUAGCAGAUAUGUGGCAUCACCAUUUAUUCUCAAGCUCUGGUAAUUAUAUUUGGGAUUUGAUUCCGGCAGCAAUUGUUAGUACGAUUUGGAGAGAAAGGAACUGCAGACGUUUCGAAACUCAAUAUCUUUAUAAAACAGAUGAUGACUUGGUUAACGAAGUUAAAUCUGCAGUCCUAGCUUGGGUAGCUGCAACAGGACAUCAUGACAAUUUCUGCAAGAUCUUAACACUUGGAGAAUUCGGAAGGGAAUCUUGGAGAAAUCUAGUAAAGCCUGGUUUCCGUUUCGACAAACCUUACAACUCUAAGAGGAGUGGAGUUGUUUUCUCGAAUGGUGUUUUAUAUUGGCUUCGAGGCGGUACUGAAGAACUCAAGAAAGCAAUAUAUAAUGUUUAUUUUAGUACAGAAACUUUUCAUGCUACUAAACUCCCCAACGACGAAUCGUUUUGUAAGAAUACUGAUGAUAAGUGCGAGUGGGUGAGACAAAGGAAUAUUGAACUGGGGAGGAGCUUUCAGAAUGCUGUUAAAAAACUUACCUUCUGGGAUUUACAAUAUGACUGUGUAAUUAUUGAAAUUGUCACAAACCCUAAACUCAAAAUCAUAUUCCAGUUGGUUGGGCUUCGUGAAGCCGAAGGGGAGGAUGUUUCAAUAAGUUAUGAGUACUACUCUUGUGAUGUUGAGUUGGAUAAGAUUGAGUAUUACGAUUCAAAGGUGGAGGAUGGCAAAGGCGAAUGGCAUGUAAACAACAUUGCUUACAUUUAG